UCAAUGGGUUGUAACUUGUAAUAUUAACACAAGCUAGAGUGAGCAGAUCGAUCAGAAGAUAUGGCAUCUGAUGUACCAGCCAAGAAACCUCAUGCCGUGUGUUUCCCGAGCCCGGCUCAGAGCCACAUUAAAGCAACCCUGAAACUCGCGAAGCUCCUCCACUGCAAGGGCUUCCACAUCACGUUCGUCAACACGGAGCUCAAUCACAUACGUAUGCUCGAGGCCCAAGGUGGCCUGGGUUUCCUCGACAGUCUCCCAUCAGACUUCCAGUUCCUGGCCAUCCCCGACGGUCUCCCUCCUUCAGAUGCCGCUUCCACCCAGGACAUUGCCGCCCUAUGCGAGUCUGCCAGGAGUUUCAUGAAGGCUCCAUUCUGUGACCUAGUAGAAGGUCUGAAUGAGAGGGCUGCCCUGGAUACAAACUUUCCAGCGGUUUCAUGCAUUGUGUCGGACGGUUUCAUGACGUUCACGACACGUCCUGCCAGUGAGAAGCUCGGGGUCCCAAUCGUGAAUUUGUGGACUGUUCCUGCAUGUGUUGUCAUGUGCUUUAUGCAAUAUCCCAUGCUCAUGGAAAAGGGUUUUAAUUCCUCUAGAGAUGUUAGCAGUUCAACAGAUGGCUAUUUGGACAUAAUCGUUGAUUGGAUUCCAGGCAUGAAAAAUAUGAGGCUACGGGACAUCUCAAAUUUCAUUCGAACUACAAAAGCCGAUGAUAUAAUGUUUGAAUUGGCCAUUGAUGCCAUGAGCAGAGCCAAUGAAGCCACAGCAACAGUGAUUCACACUUUCGAACCGCUCGAGAAAGAUGUCUUGGAUGCUCUUCUGCCCAUGUUUUCCGGGCCAGUUUAUGCAAUCGGUCCAGCGUCUCUGCUUCUCGAUAGUAUCCCUGAAGAAAAAGAUCAUACGAAGCAUGUCGUUUGCAAUCUGUGGAUGGAAGAUUCGGAAUGUCUACGGUGGCUGGACUCGAAGGAACCAAGUUCUGUUCUUUACAUAAACUUUGGAAGCAUGGCGUUCUUGACACCGGAACAGUUGAUUGAGUUUGCCAUGGGGAUUGCUAAUAGCAAACGUUUGUUCCUAUGGAUAAUCAGGCCUGAUCUAGUGCAUGGGGAAGCUGCGGAUCUGCCUAAGGAGUUCGCCAAGAAUACGAAGGGGAAAGGUUUCUUGACCAGCUGGUGCCCGCAAGAGAAAGUCCUCAACCACCCAUCUAUUGGAGGGUUUUUGACACACUGUGGGUGGAACUCGACAAUAGAGAGCCUGUCUGCGGGGGUUCCGAUGCUGUGCUGGCCUUACUUCGGGGACCAGUGGACCAACUGCCGAUUCGUCUGCAGGGAGUGGGGGUGCGGAUUGGAGAUCGGGCACCAUGUGAAGCGAGAUGAAGUGGAGGAGCUUGUCAAGGAAAUGAUGGAAGGAGAAAAGGGAAAGGAGAUGAAGAAGAGGGCUAUGGAAUGGAGGAAACUGGCUGAAGAGGCAACGGCAUCUUCUGGCUCUUCUUCCCAAUAUUUGGAUAGGCUCAUCCAUCAUAUCCUAUCAAGAUAAUUCAUGUUCACAUAUUUCAAAUAACAGUCAUAAGUAAUGCCAUUGCAUCAGCUUGUGCCGAAUUAUUGG